AAUAUCAACUGUGCAUCUAAGUUCCGCGUUGUGCGCACAGGUACUAAUAAGUUGAUCUGCCGUGUUAUCGACCAGGUGGCGAAGCAUAUAGCUCACAGAGUCUAUCAGGUCGUAAGCUUUAAUGUGACUGAGUAUUCGUGUGUAGUGGCGAUUUCAAGGGACAAAUGGGAGGGACAGUUGAUGUUCAAAAGCAGCUUUCCCUGCGACAGAGAUGAUGAGCAUCAACUAGAUAUGUACUGUAGAAGGAAGGGUGCAAGAUUUAGCGUCGAUUCGUAA